ACUGGGCUGAUUCAAUGUUUUGUUAUUGAGCUGCAAAGAUGGCAGACGAUGUUGUUGAGUUCUUUCAACCUGAGCUACCAAUCAAUGCUUUUCCUACUAUUGCCGAUAUCAGAAGACAAGGGCAGCUCUGUGAUGUUACCCUUAAGGUGGGGGACCAGAAAUUCUCUGCCCAUCGAAUCAUUUUGGCUGCAACCAUCCCGUAUUUCCAUGCCAUGUUUACGCAUGAUAUGGUGGAGACAAAACAAGCCGAGAUCACAAUGGAAAGUAUUGAGCCAGGAGCUCUUGAGGCUUUGAUCAACUUUGCCUACACUGGAUAUGUAGUCAUUGAUUCCAACAAUGUCCAGUCACUUCUCAUCGUUGCCAGCUUUCUCAACAUGCAGGCAGUCAAAGAUGCUUGCUGCACUUAUCUCAAAAACAGACUGGAACCGUCCACUUGUCUGUCAGUGCGAGCAUUCGCUGACCAGUACAUGUGCUCCUCCCUGGUGGACGCGGCCAACAAGUACAUUCAGAACAACUUCAGACAGGUGGCACUCACUCCAGACUUCCUGGCCCUGCUCAAGUCUGAUGUGCUGGAAGUCUUGUCGAGGGAUGAACUCUACGUAAAUAGUGAGGAGCAGGUGUUUGAGGCUGCCUUGAGCUGGAUCAAACACGACAUAGACCAAAGGGUGUCGGCUCUGCCGGAGCUCAUGGUCAAAGUGAGGUUACCAUUGUUGACCCCGCAGUACUUGAGUGAUAAAGUGGCCACAGAGGACCUCAUCAAAAGCUCCUUACAGUGCAGGGACCUACUGGAUGAGGCCCGUGACUACCACCUGAUGCCAGAGAGGAGACUCCUCAUGCAGACCUUCAAGACUCGACCUCGGUGCUGUACUGAUGUGCCCGGCUUUAUCUUUGCUGUGGGCGGUCUAACAUCUGCCGGAGACUCACUGAGUACUGUUGAAAGAUUUGACCCUGUGAGCGGUCGAUGGAUUGCAGGGGAACCAAUGAGUACCAUGCGAAGCAGAGUUGGAGUUACUGUUCUCAAAGGCUGCCUGUAUGCUAUCGGUGGCUACAACGGGAUGGAGCGUCUGGACACUGUGGAGGUCUAUGAGCCCCUGAGUCAUCGCUGGACCAGAGUGGCUGCCAUGAACUGCAAACGCAGUGCCCUUGGUGCGGUAAGCCUAAACGGCCGAGUCAUUGUGUGUGGUGGCUAUGAUGGCGUCACAUCUCUACGCUCGUGUGAAACCUACGACCCCAGCACAAAGUUGUGGUCGAUGCUGAAGCCCAUGCACAAACAUCGUAGUGCAGCCGGAGUGACCAUCUUACAUGGGGAAGUGGUCGCUUGUGGCGGCCAUGAUGGAUUGUCCAUAUUUGAUUCAGUUGAGUCCUACAGUCCCACCAAGGGUGAGUGGCAGAUUCUUCCACUAAUGAAAUCCAAGCGUUGUCGCCUGGGCGUGGCCACCCUGAACGGCAAAGUGUAUGCGGUGGGAGGCUAUGAUGGCUGUGUAUUUCUGCGCUCAGUGGAACGUUACGACCCUGACUCUCAGACCUGGGAGCUAGUGGCUCCAAUGCAGGUGAAGAGAAGCCGGGUGGCUGUCGCGGCAACCUACGGACGUUUGUACGCGAUUGGAGGUUAUGACGGUCAGAGCAACCUGAACUCUGUAGAGGUCUACGACCCCACAACCAAUGAGUGGACGUUUGCCACCAACAUGAGCGGCCAUGAAGGCGGGGUCGGGGUCGGAGUUAUACCCAUGGACUCUUUCUCGGAAACCGAGGUCACGUUCGCGGCUUGAACGUUGUUGGCAAAGGUGUAAAAAUAGCUUUGAUGAAGACUGUCCUGCAUCUUCUUUGACUGUUAAUGUGUCCUGCAUCACCUCUGAUCAAAACUGUGGCUUGCGUCUCCUGUGACCACAACUUCAUGCUCUGUCACCUUUGAUGAAGACUGCAUCCUGCGCCACCUUUGAUCAUGAUCACAAUCACAUUGACCAUGACUGUGUACGCAAAGGCCUUGACUAAACCUUUACCAAGAUUGUGUUCUGUAGAUCUUUGACAAAGACUGUCCUGGAAAGCCUUCAGUAAAGAUGCUGUCCCGUAAAGUAAUUUGUGGUAAGGGCUUCGGCAAAGACUACGUGUUGAAUCUAUGAUGAUGUAUACUCCAGAUAUAGUCUACUCUUUUUCAAGAAGCUACAAUUUUGUCUGCACCAAGCUCCAGGAUUCUCUCCCUUGACUACAUGUCUACACUUCACCUCAAGUACAGCUGACAGAUUUUCUGAGAUUGCCUUGUUUGGAGAUUUUUUGUCUCUUCAAAUUUUUUUCUGUGAUCCCCCAACUGUGGAUUAGUAUUUGGCUCAAUGAAACAUGUUUGUCUUGUUCCUGACAGGCGGGGUGGCCCUGACAAGCAGGUUCGGAAGCCCUUCUCCUAAAUGAUCGAAACUAUCGAUGGGGGCGUAAAAAUCCCUGAAGGUG